AUGGCCCAUCAGGCACACUCCCUCCCGUGGCAUACGCUAGCGGCCAACUUUGACCAGAGACGAGGGGGCAAGCACAAGUAUUUUCUGGCGCCACUGAAUAAGCCGCACCAGGGAAAGCAGAUCACACAUUUCACAGUUGCAUUCGCCCGUGCGUUGACCGAGUUCUCCGCCACGGAACGCCGCAAGCACUCGCCAGCCAUCAACGUACGGACGAGCAUCGAAGACGACGAUGAGGUUGUGAGCGAGAUAGCUAUCCAGCGUCUAAAUGAUCUCUUCUAUCAGGUUAGAGAUGAGACACGAACGGCUAAGAGAUGCAAUGUCGCGCCGGAUGAGCCCCCUUUUCCGCUGCCACAACUUUCGACCCAGAGCUAUUCCACGGGCUGGGCUGGAAAGGUCAUCCGAACGAAGGAAGAAAUCGCUGCCCACGAGGAAGAACUGCAGAAAAGGCGAAACGCCCCGCGCUCUGCUCGGUGCUGGAAAAAUGUCCACUGGCGCCAGGACGCGACCGACGUGUUGACAAUGUUGCUUAUGUUGGGUGAAAUGGAGAGCUUGUUUAAGAUCGCCCGAUACGCCCCAGAGACGGUAAAGGAAAUGUGGUCCUGGUAUGACUAUCAGGACCUGUGCGGACUAAAGCAGCUGAUGGAACGAACGGUGGACUUCUAUAUUGGAAUGAACGUGCUUUACUGCAAGCCAGAAUGGUAUGCAGAGGGUGAGAAUGCGUGGCAGUCCUAUUUCGACGAGGAGAUGGUGCGAAUGACGUACCCUGAAAGGGACCUCGACAGAUAUCGAAUAGGUUUAAUUACCGGUCCCAACAGCCCCUUUACGACCACAGAAUUGCCUCCCGCCGAAUGGGUGCCGAUAAAAUUUAUCCGACGGAAAGACUACCGUUCCACGCCUAUUUACGCGUCAAUGCUAUCGGAGCGAAGGAAUUGUCAUUCUCUUGGACCUAACUGCCCCUUAACGCCGGGAUAUGCUUGGUCUAUUCCGCACUGGCGAUUCUUUGGCUACGACGCAAUUAGCUACGGAGCCUGGCCCCUUUAUACUGGGAGCCCUCUCGCGGAUCCUUUGAAAAAUGGCGGUGGACAGGGUUUGAGAAACUAUCUGAAGAUUUGCUGGGAGAUCCUCGUGCGUCUGGACAUUUUCAUGGCGGAAUUGGGCGUGCGUAUUGACUGGCAGCAAGUAGCAUCGGGUUCUAUUGCAGAUUGGUAUUAUUGUGAACCUAUUGAUCAUGACAAGUGGUGUAUAGCAGCGUGGCGUCCGGACUUGGCCGGAGACUUCGACAUGACUAAGUGUGGAUUCACGAUCGAACGUUUUGUUUAG